AGUUCCGCUUUACAUUUCACUAGAUGAGUGAGAAAAGGCUUCUGGAGAGGGUCUGGAAUACAAAGCUAAAGAGCUUUGACCUCAUUUAUAGACAAAAAAGAAGCCAAAGAUUUUUUUUUAAUCAAAUUAUGAUUGAAGGUACACUUGGGAAAAUCUUCUUCACUCAAUGAUGCUGAAAAGAGGCUCCUGAUCAACAAAACAGUGUUACUUACAACUGUGUUUAAGGCCCUUCCUGGAAGAGGUCAAGACCAUGGCUGUUUUCCCCACCCACCUCAAUAUGAGUAGGAUUCCCAAAGUGGGGGAAAAGUUUCUCUUAUCUUCACUCUGCAAUGUGCUUGAAGCCAAGAUCCCAAGAUUUCCACGAAAACAACUGCUGACAAGAAUUCAGGAAUUAGCACUUCUCAGGUUCAUGAAAGACCAAGGGAGGAAAAAAAUCACAUUCAUUAAGACCAAGACGAGACAAGGGACUUCCCUGCAGGCACAACAUCACACGGGAGCCACCCCUGACCCACCCAGAGCUCAACACGGAAGAACAAGGGAGGAAGACCUCUGCCUUCGUGUCAGCCGUCCUCCCAACUCCUACCCAGUGGUCACAUCAACAUUAAGUUCUGACACUGAGGCAAUUGUCCACCUUCUGAAUCCCACCUCUCCAAGGCUGAAGCUGGGAAAACUCUCUUCCCUGCGUGGUUUGUGCAGGCUCGUGACUUGGAACAGUGCAGCAGCCUGGGUAUGCAGCUGGCCAUGGGCAUCCCGUGCAUUGGAUACAGAAGCCUUCGAGAUGGAGAGGGACUCAAGCUAAGGAUGCAUCCAGGACCAAAACGUUAUAAAGAGGAAGGAAAUUACCAGGAGUUUCCCAGCCACUCUCAAGUUUUUGCCAAGAGAGCACUAUGUGUUCUUCAGCAGACAUUCACUAGGUGUCUAGUAACAGGUGCUUUCCAAAGUGAUAUGAAAAACACACAAGAUUAAUUAAAGCAUGGCCUAUGUCUUCACCAAAUUUACAGCUUAAUAGAAAAGAUAGAACACAAUCAAAAAUAACCAUAAUGCCAGUGGAAGAUAAAUGCCGGGAGAAAAACAUAAAUAGAUUAGUUCUGACCGGGGGAAAAAAUGUCUCAAAGUACAAAUGAGACAUGCAGCUGCACAGAAAGAAUAUUCCAGGUGGAAGGAACAAGACAAAAAAAAAAAAAAAAAAUUCAAAGGAAUGAAAGCCUUGGUGCUGAAACACAGAAAAGCACGGUUUCACCCGAGGCCUUGUGAAGGGUAGAGCAGAGAUGUGACUGGAAAUAGAUUUUGAUUUCAAUCCCCGGCUCGGAAGUCAGAAUCAAAUCCUAGAGGCCACGAUCCUCUGGAGUAGAUGUCAUUACACUGACUUCUCACUGUACUCUGGCCAGAGCAGGUGCUCAAUCAGCCCUGCCAAAUCAGCCCUGCCAAAUUCAUCAUUAUUUACUAUGAUAGAUCUUUUAUAUUAGUAGAAUUAGUGGUGGGGGCCAAGGAAAUGGCCCAUCAGUAAAUGGAAACAUUUAGAUUUCAGUCCUUAUGGCUUACAUUUAUUCUGCAGGGCAUUUAGAGUUUUGAGAAAUGUGUGACAGGCAUAAUGCCUCCCAAAAUAUUCACUUGAUAGGUAAGAAAGUUAAAUGAGUUCUUGUGCUCAAAAUAAAGAACUGGAUGUCCUAAAUGCAUACUUACGCAAACAUAAAU